AUGUCUUCCCUUUUGAACUCUUACGAGUCUGAUUUUAGGACCACGCUUCAACAGACGCGAAGGCUACUUGACCAGGUAGGUUCGGAGCCCCUUUCUCAACGGAAUAGUACUUUGAAGACAAUUGAGCAGCAUAAGGAUGAUUUGUUUGACAUAGUUGAUCAGAUGGAGGUUGAGAUAAAUAAUGUGGUGAAUGAUGUACAGGUUAUGGCACGGCUUAAGUCGCAGUUGCGUGAGUUUAAGAGAGAUGCAAAUACGGUGAAGCAGUUGUUGGAGGGGUUUGUUGAAUCUAGGGAUAGGGAGGAGUUGUUCAGUGGUAUGGAGCAGGGGUUGGAUGAUGACCAGAGAGAGCAGCUUUUGGCCAACCAUUCAAUUCUGCAAAGGACCGGGAAUCGUUUGGUAGAUGCUGCGCAGUUGGCGAACGAAGCAGAGGGGGUUGGGAAUCAGAUCAUGAUGGAUUUAAGGUCGCAGAGGGAGGCGUUAGAGAAUUCCAGGCAGAACCUAUUCCAGGCGGACUCCUAUGUGGACAAAUCUAUCAGGACGUUGAAGACGAUGAGCAGGAGGUUGGUUGCGAAUAAGUUUAUAUCCUAUGCGAUCAUUGGGGUUUUGAUACUAUUGAUCUUGUUGGUGUUAUACUCUAAAUUCAAAUGA